AAUCUCCUAGCCCGGAGCUAACACAGGGCGGCGUUGAACCCCUCGUCUCUGCCCUCGUCUGACUUUGUCCCCUCUCUUUCUGGAUAUUGGAUCCAGGAAAAGGGAUGUGAUACGAUGAAAUAAUCUCCGGGACCCGGCUGGCAUAUAACCUCACCUCAGCCGAGUGUUGCCCUCGCUGAUGCGGGGUUGUCGGUCGACUUGCAACAUCUCAUUCCCCAUCUUUUCUCCUCAGCAAUUACAGAACCAACAUGUCUACAGAACAGUCCUAGUCAUUGGCGCCAAUGGAGGCAUCGGCUUUCAGCUGGCCACCAGGUUCUUAAAGGAAGGCUACAAAGUCUUUGGAACAUACCGGCCACAGACAAAAGACGAUGUCUCGGUUGCUGAGGUGAGGUGGGGCCGCCCUCAACCGACAGCCUUGCUGUUCCUGAUCCUGACACUGAGACAGCUCGAGGGAACCGGGGUGCAAAGCAUCGAGCUGGAUUAUGACAAUGAAGAGUCCAUCAACGCCGCUGCCAAGGGUUUUGCUGGUGAGAAGCUGGACAUUCUCAUCAAUUGCGGAGCCAUAUACAACACCUAG